AUGCCGCUCACCGGCCCCCUCGACUUGGAGGCUGCGAGCCAGCCGACGCCUGUAGAGCUCGAGGCUCUCCGGCGCGUUUUCAACUGGAUGGAUGCUGACAAAGACGGGAAGCUCAGUCUGCAAGAGAUCAGCAGUGCUCUUGCGUCGCUCGGGCACAAAAUGCCCAAACAAGAGAUCGAAGUAAUCAUUUGGGAGCUCGACGAAGAUCUGGACCAGCACGUAAGCUGGGACGAAUUCCUCGUCAUGUAUCAAAGAAGCAUCAACGAUCCAACAGGAUUGGAGCCGCGCGCUUUCUUCAACCUGGUUCAAUUCCUCAUGUACGAUACAAACUUCGCCGGAGAAAUCAGUGUUGAGCAGACGCUUCAAAUACUUUUUGUUCGCUUCGGAAGAGAAAUGCUCGACCAGGAAAUCCAGGCAAUUUUUGGUGAGGAGGAAAAGGGUCCUGACGGACAGGAAAAGCGAAUCACGCUCUCAGAGUACUUGGAGAGAGUCCAGGGGCGCUUGAACAAGCAGAGGUAG